GUAUGGUUUUCUAAUGUUGUGUUUUCUAUUUUAAUGCCUAAUUUCCCUCUGCUCCAAACAAUUUAACUUCUCCAUCCUCCUAUAUAUAGAUGAGUGAUUAUGCUAAAAUUUAUUCAUGGUUUUAAACAUCUUCUGCAACAUAUAUAUUUUAAAAAGAUGAUGAUGGCUUCAAGAUCACUUCAACUUUUUAUCUUGUUUGUUUGUUCUUUGACCAUCAUCACAAUUGAAUGUUCAGAAGUAGAAAAACAAAACCCAAAUCUUUAUAAUAUCACGAAAACAGUAGUUCAUAGUGCAGUGUCAAAAGGAGCAGUGUGCUUGGAUGGAUCACCUCCAGCAUACUAUUUUGAUCCAGGAUUUGGAGAUGGAGUUGAUAGUUGGAUUGUCCAAAUUUCUGGAGGAGCAUGGUGUGUAAACGUCACAGACUGCAUAGGACGUACCAAGACACAACUUGGUUCAUCAAAAUACAUGGGUGAACAAGAAUUUCGAGGAAUUCACAGCAAAAAUAAGAGUGCAAAUCCAGAUUUUUACAAUUGGAACAAAGUCAUUCUUGCAUAUUGUGAUGGUGGAUCGUUCGUAGGAGAUGUUGAAUAUGUUGAUCCAGCUACCAAUCUUCAUUUCAGAGGGAAAAGGAUUUUUUAUGCAAUAUUAGAGGAGUUGCUAGAAAAGGGAUUAAAGAAUGCCAAAAAUGCCCUCCUAGCUGGUGGUUCUGCCGGAGGAUAUCCAGCUGUAUUAUACUGUGAUAGCUUUCGCGAUUCAUUGCCAAGUGCCGCUCGAGUUAAAUGUCUGAAUGAUUGUGGCUAUUUUCCUCAUUUCAAGAAUUCUGAACUCGAAAAAAAUUGGCACGUCAGAUUUUCAGGAGUUGCCGAAUUACAAGGAGCUGCCCAAUCAUUACCUAAAUCAUGCACUUCAAAAAUGAAACCAGAAUUGUGCCUCUAUUCACAGAAUAUUCAACAAGAUAUCAAGACACCUCUUUUUAUUUUCAUGUCAGCAUAUGAUAAUGUUGAGACAAAAUAUACCUUUGGAGAUUAUAUGGGUGGCCUGAUUGACGGUGGAAAAUGCUCAGCAAGUCAGAAUCAAAGCCUGAUAGAAAUGAGGUCAGAAUUCUUAAAUGCAUUACCCAAAGGAGAUAAUCCAAAAUUAAGAGGAGUUUUUGUAGACUCAGUACAUCAUCAUAAUAGCCUUCUGCGGAGGUGGAUUCCUGAAACUGCCAUUAACGUAAAUGGCCAGCUUCACACAGAGGUAUUUGCUGAUUGGUACUUUGAUCGAAAAUACACCUAUUUGAUUGAUGAAACUAAUGAGUUGCCACUCACAAAUAAUGCUCGACUCAUAUGGUCAUGGAAAGUUGACAAUGCAACUUACAAUGCAACUGCUCGAGUCAUAUACAAUACAACUCUCUAAUGUUCAUGUAAACUGUUUCUCAUAUAUAUAUAUGCAUAUAUAAAGUUCCCUUUGACAAAAGUACUAAAAAGUUCUGGCCUCCAAUAUUGUGACAUAAGUUUUACUUAUCUAAUUGUUUACUUAUAAACUUAUUAGUUUAUGUA